AGUAUUUAACGUUAUUCUAACUACAAAAAACUUAAAAGAAUUUUUUUAUUUUGUUAUCGUAACCCGGUAAAGGGGAAAGCCCAAGACCGGGUAUGGCCGGUAGAAAAUGGGCGGCAUCAAUGAAGUCACUGCACUAAAGAAUUCCCGGAUAUAUAAUCAUAGGUGUUGUUUGGAUUAGAAAUUUGAUUAUGAGGGAUUUGAGAAGGAUUUGGGUAUAAAUUCCUCAUUUAAAAAAUCAGAGAUUUUAAAUUAAGAAUUGGCCCAAAUGUCUUGUUUGUUUAUAGAUAAGUAAUUUAGACCCAAUAUGUUCAAUGACCAAUUUGCCCCUCCCCCUCCCCCUUCGUCUUCUCCCCAGAUCCACAUUAUCUUCCCCAAUCCCCAGAAAGUCAGAAACCCAUAAACAAAGAAAAAACGAAUGCUCACUUAAAAAAAAACGAUGAUCGGAAAACACAGAAGAAACGACCGUUGCCACCACGGGAACCUCCGAUUUGAGUCGAACACUUGGAACCCAGAUGAAUCUGGCUUGAAUCUGGAGGAUUUUCGGCCCCUUCGAUUCUCUCCUUCCUCAUCUCCCUCUUUCUCCGCUCGUCUCCCAUCGGCGAUUCAGAACCCACCAAUCGUCUCCCACCGGCCGCUUCCAUUCAUCGUCCCCGUCCUCUUCGACCCAUGCGAAGCGCUUCAAGGGGCUGCCGACGCGAAUUCCGAUUCGAAAUCGGCAAUUUGUCUCCCUUCCCCUCGAUCAAUGAUUUCCAGAUUCGGGCCUUCGCCACGAAACAUUCAUCUCUUUCCAUAUUCGUCGACGCCGGAAGAUGGCUUUGGUGAGGUCGACGAGGUUGUCUUUGGGAAGGAUGACUCCGACCGGAGAUUCUGGUCGGGGAGAUGAGGAAGAUAACGUUGGUGGCGAUGCAGUGGAUACGAGGGGCAAUGGUUGAAAAAAAAAUCCAGAGAUUUUGAAAUAGCUGGUGUCUAUUAGCUAUUUUGAAAUUCCUAAAUGUCCAAAAUCUCUCAAUUUUUGGAGUCUUUUCAAACUCAGAAAUUGGAUGAAAUCCAGGAAGGGCAAGGAUUGUGGCAGAAUCCCUCCUCAAAUUUCCUAAUCCAAACGACCCCUAUGAGUAUUGGGUAUCAAAGGGUUAUAGAGGGAAUGAUAUUUACUUAUAAAGUGUCUCAAUUAGU